ACUGUAAAACUAAGUGAAUAGUAUUCUAUUGCGCUAUUUGUCGUUAUGUCAUGUUUGUAUUGAUGAGAGUAAUUAAGUUGAAGUUGAAAGCAUUGAUUAUUCUAUUUAAAUAGAAGUGCUAAAGAUGUCAUCCCCAACCUCCACACCGAGUCGUAAAGGAAACAAGUGUGGAAGAGGCAGUAAUCCUUCCACACCUCGCAGUGAUGGAUUACAGUCCCCGCCUCAAAGGCAGCGAGUUGACGAUUCCACCUCCACUGGGGAGCUACAGCCAAUGCCAACUUCUCCAGUAGCAGAUGUCCUGAGCCCGCCUGUGCAGGAGUCCUCCUUCCUAUCAAGCCCAGCACGGUCACGCCACUCAGCUGCCAGUGAAUUUGACGUAAGUUCUCCUCUGACCUAUGGCACUCCCAGCUCUAGAGUGGAAGGUACACCUCGUAGCGGUGUUCGUGGCACACCUAUACGCCAGCGUCCUGAUCUUGGUUCGGCGCGCAAGGCCCGCCAGGUUGAUUUGCACGCUGAACAACCUUCAGCGGAUGAUGAUGUGACCAGUGAGCAAUCCCUUGGACAAAAGCUGGUUAUCUGGGGAACAGAUGUCAAUGUGGCUGCAUGCAAAGAAAAAUUUCAGAGGUUCCUUCAACGUUUUAUUGACCCUUCUGCUCAAGAAGAUGUUGCAGGUCUAGACCUCAAUGAGCCACUUUACAUGCAACGUCUUGAGGAGAUGAAUGUGGUAGGAGAGCCAUUCCUAAAUGUGAACUCUUCUCACUUGAGGGGAUUUGACCCUGAACUCUACAGGCAGCUGAUUUGUUAUCCACAGGAAGUGAUUCCCACUUUUGAUAUGGCUGUCAAUGAGCUCUUUUUUGACCGUUUUCCUGACUCGAUACUGGAGCAUCAGAUCCAAGUUCGACCAUUCAAUGCUUUGAAAACCAAAAACAUGAGAAGUCUAAAUCCAGAAGAUAUUGAUCAGUUGAUCACAGUCAGUGGCAUGGUGAUCCGAUGCUCACAAUUGAUACCUGAAAUGCAGGAGGCGUUCUUCAGUUGUCAAGUAUGUGCUUUCAGCACGAGAGUGGAAGUUGACCGCGGUCGAAUUGCUGAGCCAUCUGUUUGCAGGAACUGUAACACCACACACAGCAUGGCUCUAAUCCAUAACCGUUCAUUGUUCUCAGACAAGCAGAUGGUUAAAUUACAAGAGUCACCUGAAGAUAUGCCUGCAGGGCAGACCCCACAUACAGUUAUUCUAUUUGCUCACAAUGACUUGGUGGAUAAAGUACAGCCUGGUGACCGUGUAAACGUCACGGGCAUCUACAGAGCUGUUCCAAUUCGAGUAAAUCCACGAGCAAGCAAUGUGAAAUCUGUGUACAAAACUCACAUUGAUGUCAUUCACUUUCACAAAACUGAUGAAAAACGACUUCAUGGCCUUGAUGAUGACAAGGAGCAGAAACUCUUUACUGAGCAGCGUGUGGAGAUGCUCAAAGAACUGUCUAAGAAACCUGAUAUUUAUGAACGACUUUCUGCUGCACUAGCACCCAGUAUUUAUGAGCAUGAGGAUAUCAAAAAGGGUAUUUUGUUACAGUUGUUUGGUGGGACCCGCAAAGACUUCAGUCUCACUGGCCGUGGCAAUUUCCGUGCUGAGAUCAACAUCCUUUUAUGUGGUGACCCUGGUACCAGCAAAUCUCAGUUGCUCCAGUAUGUGUACAACCUGGUACCCAGAGGCCAGUACACAUCUGGUAAAGGUUCCAGUGCUGUAGGUCUGACUGCUUACGUGACAAAAGAUCCAGAGACAAGACAGCUGGUCUUGCAGACUGGUGCUCUUGUUCUUAGUGACAAUGGCAUCUGUUGCAUUGAUGAGUUUGACAAAAUGAACGAUAGCACAAGGUCUGUGAUGCAUGAAGUUAUGGAGCAACAAACUCUUUCCAUUGCUAAGGCCGGAAUAAUCUGUCAGCUGAAUGCCCGAACAUCUAUCCUGGCAGCUGCAAACCCAGUGGAAUCACAGUGGAACCCCAAAAAGACAACUAUCGAAAACAUCCAGCUUCCACAUACACUCUUAUCUAGGUUUGAUUUGAUCUUCCUUAUGUUGGAUCCACAAGACGAGGCUUAUGAUCGACGUCUUGCCCACCACUUGGUUUCACUUUAUUAUCAAAGUGAAGAAGAAAUGGAAGAAGAAUACUUGGAUAUGGCAGUGCUCAGGGACUAUAUUGCCUAUGCCCGUACUUAUGUCCAUCCUAGGCUGAGUGAAGAGGCCAGUCAAGCGCUUAUUGAGGCAUAUGUAGACAUGAGGAAAAUUGGCAGUGGAAGGGGCAUGGUAUCGGCAUAUCCUCGACAACUGGAGUCAUUGAUACGUCUGGCAGAAGCUUACGCUAAGGUGCGCUUCUCCGAAAAGGUUGAAAACAUAGAUGUAGAAGAGGCAAAACGUCUUCACCGUGAAGCUUUGAAACAGUCUGCAACUGAUCCAAGGACUGGAAUUGUAGAUAUAUCUAUUCUUACUACAGGAAUGAGUGCUACUGCUCGUAAGCGGAAGGAGGAGCUGGCUCAAGCCUUGAAGAAGCUCAUACAAUCCAAAGGCAAAACUCUCGCCAUGAGAUACCAACAACUUUUUGAUGAUCUAAGAAGUCAAUCUGAUACUGCUAUUACCAAGGAUAUGUUUGAAGAGGCACUGCAAGCUUUGGCAGAUGAAGAUUUCCUGACUGUAACUGGGAAAACUGUUCGAUUGCUUUAAGAACACAUGUACUAAGAGUUUAAAAUUAAUAUUUUCCUAUUGAUCUUUGUUACUGAAACUUUGAUAUUUUACAUUAUUUUGCUUUGUUUCUGCAGCCAUUUCUGGUAAAUUCAUGAUCUAGUUAUGCUGAGGUGAAAUUAAUGUCUCUUGAUAACACAUUCAAACUCAUAGCUCCAUUGCCAGAUCUGUAAAUAAGUGGUUUUGUUUUCCAUCUUUUAUAUGAUGCAUUAUUAGAAAGAAGGAAUUGGAUUAAUUUGGCGAUGGAAUAAAAUGUGAGAAAUGUAUUUUGUGUUCUCAGUAAUAAAAAUGUG